AAAGCUUUUAGGUGAAGCAGACGAAGGAACUUGUUUACAGAAAAAGUCCUUUUAUUUUUUGUUUGCCACUUAGUGAUGUUUUCAUGAGAGUGAUGACUGAAGAUAAAACGCCACGAAGUCAUAUACAAAAAGCUGAGAAAAUGGGUAUCUCUGAUUCUGUGAUGUAACUCCAUACAGUCACCAUAAGUAAUGAACAAACAGUGGAGGGGGACAUGAACCAGCCCAUGUCCUUCAGUGUCCAGCGUGAGGUCCAGUUUCGUUUUCUCUGUCCCAAUGACAUAAAUGAAGUCAAAAGGCUGUGCACAGAAUGGUUUCCGAUUGAGUACCCUGACACUUGGUACCAGGAUAUUACAUCCAACCCCAAGUUCUACUCACUGGCAGCCACCUACCAUUCCAGGAUCAUCGGGAUCAUCGUGGUGGAGGUCAAACAACUUGCCAACACCAAUAAAGAGGAUGCAGACAUAGUGGCCUCCUAUUAUCCCUCGACUUGUCAGGUGGCUUACAUACUGAGUCUGGGUGUCGUGGUGGACUACAGGAAACAUGGAAUAGCUUCACUGUUGUUAGAUAGCUUAAUCUCAUACCUCACUGCCAAAGACCGCUACAACUGUAAAGCCAUUUAUCUCCAUGUCCUGGCCACUAACUGUGUUGCCAUCAAGUUCUACGAGAAGCGGCGAUUCAAGGUUCAUAGCUUCCUGCCAUAUUACUACUCAAUACAAGGAAAACCCCGCGAUGGAUACCUGUAUGUGCUGUACAUCAAUGGGGGCAAACCGCCAUGGUCAACGAUUGAUUAUGUCAUGAAUAUGGGAGAGUUGCUGUUGAAGCUACAACCAUGUGCUCUACCACGGCAGAUCAUUCGAAGUGUACGUGGAUGGUUUUGUCGAUUAUUGGCUGGGGCCACUUCUGACUAGUUAUCAUUCCAUUUCCUUCUAGGGAGUAUCUCAAAAGUAUACUAUAUUUAUAUCAGGGAGCAUCUCAGAAGUAUUCUCUGGAUAAUUAGUACCACAGUCUUUCUUCUUUUGUCAGUAAUAUAACCACUGCAAAUUCUGUAUGUAUUCUACCAGCAAAGUUGUGAUAUUUGCAAUCAAUCCAUAUAUAUUAUUUAUUAUACUAAAAUAAAGUUAUAUAGUGGAGUAAUAUUAUACUGAAAAUGAUAUUUGCAACUUAAUUAAUGUCAAGUCUUAAGAAAGCACCCUCUUGUUUUUGUAUGUACAGUCCGUCUAUGUGUACUGGAAAAUUAUGAACAUCAGAUUAAACAGAAUUUUUUUCUGACUUUAAAACCUCUGUGCUAAAAGUAGCUAGCUAUUGUAUUCUGAAUUGUAGUUUAGGACGUUUUACAAGUGCUGUAGUAAUUAGUGUCAAGUUUUACAUACAAGUAUAAAAUUGAAACUAAAAUAUUCAAAAAGCAUACUGUAUAUGUGAGACUCUUAGAACAAAAUACGCAUUGCCAUAAUAAGAGUAUGAGUUUUGUCCAUGUUCAGGUAGAGCUUCAUGUGGAUCUAGCUUUGUGUGUGUCUCGAGUGUAAGGUAUGAAGAAAUUAAUGAAGGUCAUUCUGUACAGGGUACUGUAUGAAUUAUUGUUGUCUUCUUUUUGUGUUUGAAAUAACCAUCUUCAUUUUCAAUAUAUACUGAUUAUUUGCCUCAAAAUAUGGAAAUUUUAUGUGUUUUCUGUUACUUAGGUAUGACCAUUUGACACAAGAUAGAUAUUAUUUCAGUAAUCUGCAAUUGAAAAAAUUUUAAUUGGAUGUACUUAACUUAUAAAAAUCUGUGAUCAACUUUUACAAAGUACUACAUACGAUUUUAAGGAUUUUCUUACCAGUAGAUACCAAACCAUGAUUUACUGUUAAGUCACAUACUUGUAUUUUCUUGGGAUGGAAUAUUUAUUGUGUUUUGAGACCAAAAAAAUAGAAGGUUUUGUGGUUAUAGAGUUAUGGUUCUUUAUGAUAGGUUGCUAUCUCUUGGUCAUGGGGAUUUGAAUUUAAGGUUUUUUAAAUACCGAUAAUGUUGAAACCACAAAAAUUAGACUGACAAAAAUCGGUGAUUUACGGUAUGUUUACUUCAUCUGCAGCAGCAAAUUACCUGUGUGUGUUUCACAUCUCCAUCUGAUUACUGUGUGUGUGUUUCACAUCUCCAUCUGAUUACUGUGUGUUGGGUAAUUUGUCUUUAGUAUAAAUUGAAUUUCAUUUCGGUGUUCACUUUAAUGGUUGUAGUAAAAUGUUUACAUAUCGUAAAUCUUUUUAAAAUAGCCAUUAAAGGGUUUACCUGGGAUAUGAACAAAUUCACUAAAAUCCUGGGAAUUCCAUCCACAAGAGACACUUUAAUCCAAAUGUAUGUAUGUUUGAACGCAGGACUGAAUGUCGGGAGCAAGUCUGAAUUUUAUAUAUCUAUGAUCUCAUUAGUUCCUGCUGUCAUUAGAUUUAAUAAAGAUAAUGGCAAUUUUUAUUUAGCUACUUUAAAAGUGCUUGACACCAGAAUGUCAUUGUCUUGCCAAUAGGCCAUUAUCUAUUUUACUAAGAAACAUUAUUUAUAUACUAUAAACAUACUAGGUGAUAAUCUUAUUGAACGGAGUGUUUUUCAGUGCUACUAUUUUAGUACACGUACUUUUUUCACUAUUUUAGUGGUAAUUUUUCCGACUAAUUCCAGCACAUGUACUGUUACAAGGAGAUGGACAUCAGAUCCAAAAUGAUUUUGUUAGAAAAAUACAAGUAUGCUAAAUUCUAAUUACAUGUCUCUAUGUUCUUUAUACAUGUAAAAAGAAACUUUAUACAUGUAAAAAGAAACUUAUUGCAAGACAUUCAUACAUACAUAGAGAGAGAGAGAGAGAGAGAGAGAGAGAUAUUAAAAAAAUGAAAGAAUAUGUGAUUAUAGUGAGCAAUUGACUUUGCAUGCAGAAUUAUGAAUAGUAAAUACAACUUUACAAAUAUUCAUGUUGUUAAUACAUAUGUAUAUGGUAUCAUUCCUUUGCAUAAUGAAUCUUAUGUAUAAAAAAAAAAAAGGAAAGAGAGAAAUUAGAUUACUGCAGGCUUUGUAAACCUCUAAUGAUAUGGACAAUUAGAGUGUAAUUUGGGGGUGUGGCACUGUGAUAAACUGUAUUAACUACAAAGUUAUGAGAAGUGCAUAAUAGAUUUGAAAGUGAACAAAUGUAGAGAAACCCAUUGGUACAUCUCAUGUUCUACACUAAAACUCCAAGGUAUCAGCAAUAUAUUUACUCAGUAAUUCAUCGUAAAUGUUCAUGAUUUAUCAGGUAUCUUGGAAAAAAAGUCACAGUUUCAUUAAACUUCAAUCAAAAUUUGUCCAUAUGUAUUUCAGUGGAAUUAUACAGUAAAUGUUUAUUUUUUGUUUGAUUGUCUUCAUGUUAGGAAUUUUUCCCGUGUCGGGAAUUUGGCCAUCAAACGCCAUGGUAUUGUAAUGAAUAGUUGCACUCGUGUGUUAGUCAGGCAGGCAGGAGCUGUGUAAACAAUUCACUGUGAUAUUUGUAAUAUUCUGCAAAUUUGAAAUCCAACAUGGUGUAUUAAUGUGUUGUCAUUAAAACAAUGUUGUGUCUCCUAAACUUAGGCUAAAAGGGUUUCAUUAAUUAAAACAUCAUGUCUUUGAAAAAGUUGUGAUUAACAGAGCAAAGCUGAAAGAAAUGUACAUCAUUGAAAUUAGAAUACUCCAGAACAAAAUUUAUUGCACUUGUUUAUAUGCUCUAACCUGCAAACCCUUCCCAAGUGGAUGAAGUUCAGGAUUAUUGUAGCCUGUGACAAAAUAUACACAUUAAAUUUCUAAUAAAUUCCAACAAAAAUGUUAAUUAGUGAAUCAGGUCUAAAAAAAUUUUAUAUCUUCAAGUGACAUCCAAUAUGGUGAAUAGUAUGUUAUUGUCAUUAGGUACAGUGGAAUUUUCAUUAGCAUUUUAUUUUUCUGGAAUUCAAACUGGAUGAAUUUAAAAUUACCCAUUAAUUUCUAGUGGUAAUUAUACAUUGUGGUGAAUUUAAUCAUUGUAUUGACUUGGCUUUAACUUCCAUUCGAAAUUCAGACGUAAAAAUAAUAUCUUGUCCUUUUAAUUUUAAUAGCAGGAUAGCUCAGUGUAGAUCAAGGGUUUGAGUCUAGCAGGGAUUUUAAAAAAAAAAUUCAAGUGUGUUUCUACUUUUUUUUUCGCUGAAUAAAUAUUCAAUUUCAAAAUACUACAGUACAUAUAUCAUUUACUUUUCAUUUGGUCUUCCUGGUGGGUUAUUCCUUCAUAAGAUGGGACAGUUGUUUUUCAAUAUGUCUGGUUGAAAAAGAGGGAAAAAAAGCAGAUGAAAAUUUUGCGAUACACAGCAUUUCCUUUUAUGUAUGUUACAAGCACCCAUUAAAUUGCAUUGACAGAAACCUUGGGAACACCUUAGAUUGUUGCGUACACAUGUAUAGUCACUUGUUACUGUUUUGUGCUGUUUGUGACGUUAUUUAAAACACAUUGUUAUACUUUAAGUAGUUAAUUGUGCACUCUGUUACUGUUUUGGAUUCAUUCAUUCAUUGACAUUCAUAUUGAGGAAAUAAAUAUUGAUUAUCUGA